AUGUCGCUUUCCCCAGGCGCCCGCGAUCAAUAUAUCCCAAUCAUCGAUUCAAUUUUAUCUGCGAGCGACCUAAAUACGAUCUCAGAGAAGCGCAUUCGCAAAGGUCUCCAAGAUGAAAUUGGCUAUGAUCUUACCCCGCAAAAGGCUGCGGUGAAGCAGCUCAUUAUGGAGAGGUUCGACAUCUUUGCUGAGAAAAAAGGCAUAGGUGCUCCGCCUACACCAAACGGCCAAAACGGCCACGAACAACAGCAUAAUACGGCAACGCCUGUGGAACCUUCCUCACCCUCCCAGUCCUCGACAGCGCAGAAACGUCAGGCAGAUAGUGCUGACUCGGAUGAUCGCUCAAGCAAGACGCCCCCGCCCAAGAAACAGAAGGCGAACCAUGAUAUAGAUGCGGAUGCACUCUAUGCUGCAAAGCUACAGGCCGAGGAGAAUAUGCGAGCUCGUCCUACACGAGGCGCAAGCACGCGAAAAGCGGCGCCGGUCAAGAAGAAGAAGUCUACAGCGAAAACGGCGAAGAAAGUAAAGGCAGAGGACGAUUCAGAUAUCGGGUCGGGCUCAGAGUCAGGGAAGAAAGUGAACCGUUCUGGAGGAUUCCACAAACCGCUUAACCUCUCACCGGCGCUCUCAGCAUUGCUGGGGGGCGCGGCGACGCUUUCACGGCCACAAACAGUCAAAAAGCUCUGGGAGUACAUUCACGAGCAUGAUCUUCAGGACCCAAGCGAUAGACGUCAAAUCCGCUGUGAUGAUCCUAUGCGCGCUGUGUUCAAACAGGACCGCAUACACAUGUUCACCAUGACUAAAAUUCUCAGUCAAAAUCUGUACAGCCCUGACGAAUAGCUUUUCCGUCCCGGAAGAGACUACUUGCAAUGACACGUUCUUGAUAGCAAAUCAGCUUGUGACACUGCAUAUUUGCUGCAGUCAUAUACGAACCUUUUUGUGCACGCAUUUGGCGAUCAGGCGUCAAUUUCUCGGUCUGCUUUUUUCUUUGUUUAAUCUUCUUAUUGUUUCGUUUCAAAGCAUUCGUCCAGUCCAAUGCAUUGUGCCUUUCUGCUCGUUGAUGGGCGGACAAUCUCUUAUACUUGUUUUCUGAUCUUCCCUAUGUUUAUUACCCUAAAUCCUCUCCAGCGGGAGUUGGUGUUGGCUUGCAGACAGGCGUGAUUGAUUUACCACUAGACACUUCUACCAUUGGGCUUGGUUACUACAAUCCCCAAAGCGAGUUUCUAAACUUUU